AUGGGGGCUAAGACUUCCAGGCCUUCCUGCACCUGCUGCAGCUGUUUCUCUGACUGUGGUGGCAGAUGUUUACUCAGGCUGCUGCUUGGGGUAGUUUACUUCUUUCCGUGGAAGUUUGGGUCUGUGGAAAGAGACAGGACACACCUGGAAGAUGAACCAAACACUAAAGUUGUGAAGGGCAUUGUGACGAGUUGUGGGAAUGAUUAUGGCUGGAUCGAUGACUGUGUCUUCUUCAGCACUGAUGUUGUCAUUGGUGCUAUGACGCUGCGUGCUGGAGACAAAGUCCUUGCUUUUGUGGAGGAAGACCCACUCUCUCGUGAAUUGAAAGCAACAGAAGUUUGUAUUUUUUCAGUCCAGGAUGCACCUAAAGAAGCUGACUCCAAGAUCAAAGAUUUAUCUGCUUGUGUUUCCAAUGUGAAGAAAAAUAUCAUCUACAUCGCUGAUGAAUACCACUUCUACCUAGACAGCAUUACUAAAGCCAUCUUAGGUUUUAUGCCUUAUGACGGGGACUGGUUGGAUAUUGAGUACUCUGUGGUACAAGGAUCCUCAAAAAUCAUAGUACACUCAGUGAAGGCCACAAAACGUAGGCGACUGGAAGAGGCGCAUGUGACCAGUAUCAACCGGAGAGAAGGAACGUUGAACCACAGCAUCUUUUUUACCUUGGACUCCCUGCACCUCCCCUUGGGAUACACCCCUUUUGUAGGCCACAUGGUCAGCGUGGUGAUGGUUCAGAGCAUGCGGCCCAAUUACAGCUGGAGAGCAAUCUCCAUGAGCCCAGUUACAGAAGCAGUAUAG